AGGGUGGCCCUCUCCGUGGUUCUCACAUUUCUGUUUGGCCUUGUGUUUCAGGGUGUAGGUCGAACAAUUCUAGAGACCAAGGACCAGAACAUCUUCGAUCAGAUGUGGACUGGUCUCUCGUAUGCUGAAGUUACGGCGUUGCGAAAGCGCAAGCUUGAGUGGCAUUUCAAUGCAUUGGUGCAAGUAGCACUAGUGGCGAUGUUCAGUGCGUGCCAACCAGUCAUCCUCACGUUCCCUCUGGAGAGACCAGUAUUCCUUCGUGAAUACAGCAGCGGUACCUACAGUGUUUUGCCAUAUUACUUGUCCAAGAUGGUGGUUGAGGUUCCAUUGGUCUUCGUCCAAUCGCUGAUGACGUUGGGAUUGUGCUAUGUUGUAAUGUCACUCAAUGGCAACUUUUGGGCGCUCCUGUGGACCAUCGUGCUGCUUUCCGUGUGUUCCGUUUCCGUCGCUCUUGCUAUCAGCUGUGCGGUGCGACAACCCAGAGAAACCGGAGCAGUGGGGCCCUUGGUGUUCGUCCCACAGAUGCUCUUUUCUGGAGUGUUCAUCCCAGUGAGCCACAUGCCAGUUUACUUGCGCUGGAUGCAAUACUUCAGCUUUCUUCAGUAUGCUAUCAAAAUCUUGGGCGUGGUGGAAUUUAAGCACGUUCCCCAUAAGGAACUUGUGCUAGACGCGCAGGAUAUUCUUGAAGAUAGUGUGCCAGUCUAUGUAGGUUUCCUUGUGAUGAUGGUACUAAUAUUUUCUAUCACCGGCAUCCAAAUGUUGCGAAAUAAAGCAACACAUUUGUUCUAGAUCCACGAGAGGUAAUGCACCUCUGGCAUGAAAAGAGCUGAGCCAGUCCAG